CGAAUAGACCUUCACUGUGACUUUCCAUGGUCCCCAGAAGAGAGAAUUUGAGACGCCUUCCAAGAAAGAAAAAGAGGAUUCUGUGAGCAAAGCCCCAUCCUUGUAGGAGCAGAGCCGGGUGUUUUGGAGAGAGAUGUGGCUGUUUAACAGGAAAGGGCCAUCUGGGUUCUCCUCAUCUUCCACCGCGGAGGAAGUCACUCAAGGGAUUGAUGGAACUGGACUCACUGCCAUCGUUACAGGAGCAUCUAGUGGCAUUGGCAGUGAAACUGCACGUGUUCUUGCAAUGCGUGGUGUCCAUGUAGUUAUGGGGGUUAGGAAUAUGGCUGCUGGUAGGGAUGUAAAAGAAGCAAUUGUUAAGGAAAACCCCUCUGCUAAAGUUGAUGCCAUGGAGUUGGAUCUUAGUUCACUGGAAUCAGUUAGGAAAUUUGCAUCAGAAUACAAUUCCUCGGGUCAUCCAUUGAAUCUCCUGAUUAAUAAUGCAGGAAUUAUGGCAACUCCUUUCAAGCUUUCCAAAGACAACAUUGAACUACAGUUUGCAACAAAUCACUUGGGGCAUUUUCUUUUAACAAAUCUCAUGUUGGAUGCAAUGAAGAAAACUGCAGUGAAAAGUAAACAACAAGGAAGGAUUGUAAAUGUCUCAUCAGAGGCUCAUCGAUUCCCAUAUUCUGAGGGAAUUCGCUUUGAUAAGAUCAAUGAUGAAUCAGGGUACAGCAGUUUUGCUGCUUAUGGCCAAUCAAAGCUUGCUAAUGUUUUGCAUGCCAAUGAACUUGCAAGACGUUUCAAGGAAGAGGGAGUUGAUAUAACUGCGAAUUCACUUCAUCCAGGAGCUAUUGUUACCAAUCUUUUCCGUCAUAUGGGAAUCAUUAACGGCCUUGUUAAUAAAAUUGGUAAAUUGGCACUCAAAGAUGUCCAUCAGGGAGCUGCUACAACAUGCUAUGUAGCAUUGCAUCCACAAGUCAAUGGGGUUUCUGGUGAAUAUUUCAAGGACAGUAAUAUUGGGCAAGCAACUGUGAAGGGCCGGGAUCCCGAGUUGGCUAAGAAACUCUGGGAUUUCAGCAUGAAUAUGGUUAAAUGAUCUAGUCAGAAUGUUUUGGUUGUUGCUCUUUCUACAGAAGAAAGGAAAAAAAAAAGGGGGGAUAGUAACAUGGUAUAUAGUUUACUUGAGCUACCUUUGAAAGUUAUUAUAAAAGGAUAUGGUGUCAAGAGUUUGAAACACAGUUCUCUCGGACCUGAAAGAGUGUCAACCCUUGGACUACCCCCCUUCAUUAAUAAGGAAAGACCCCCUCAUCUCUGUUAUUCGUAACAAUAAAUGCUUCUUGUUAUUUUUUUUAUUUUUUAUUUUUUGAACAAAUUCGUAAAGGAUCGGAUUCGAACCGUGGCUCUUGCGGUGGAGGAAUGCCCUUAUUGGUGGCCUGACGUCAUUGAGCCCGAAGGUCCAAGUGCAAAUGCUUCUUGUUAUUUGUCUCUGUAUGUUUAAAUUCUAUUAAUAAAUAUUAAAAUUCUCA